CAAGUAAUUUGAUGACAGGACGGGUAUUCUCAAAACCGCGGGCAUCGAUAAGUUUGUCGUGGCAGAAAUCGCUAGCCUCAAGUCUAAUUCCCCCGUCGGGGAAUUGGGGGUCCAGACUGGGAAAAAUCCCUGGACGACUUCCGCGGCCUCUGAUGGCGUUUCCCUAGUUAGAUUUUUAAUGGCUGACCGGGGAUUCUGGUCCUUCCACUCCUCCUUCCAUCUCCUUAGUGCUUUUAACCCGAAACUCGCUUCCAAGGUUCCCUUUCCGCUCAAAGUCCUUAAAUAUGACAUAAAAGAACAAGCUAGUGUGAAAUCGGCUUAAAACACGAGAAUCAAACUUCAAAAUGUGUAAGAAUGGUGGCAACAACAUGUGCAAAUACCGAGUUAUCACUUAUCUUGACUAAUCUGUGAAAUUAAGACGGUUAGAGUCACCUCACCUUCCUUCAUAAAAAUCUCCCUCGACUUUUGUCUAAAAAAAGAUUCCUCAACCUCUUUCAAAAUAUGUAAUUCAGUUUCUUUCUCUUUAACAAGACACAAAGUCUCAGAAGACGGGGACUUAAGAGAAUUAUUCAACCUUGAAAAAUUACCAAAAAGAAAACAUGCUCUUUAUAUAAAGCACAACACUAUAUGUGAAAAUUUGUCAACAUUCGUAUUGGCAAUUGAUAACACCUAAAUCAAUGCUAUUUAACUUCCAUUAUUUAGGCGUUUGUGUGCUAAAUCACCAUGUCUAGGCCACGUUGUAAGCUAUUUUAUGUUAAUAUGCGCUCAUAUACACACACUAUUAGUUUUUAGCAUGAGUUAGGUUGCGAUGAAGGUUCAUAAAUAGGGAAACGAUCUCAUUUUGUAAUGUUUUAUGCUUGCUUGGUUUUUUUAUGAUGUUCCAAGUCCUCUACUCGUCCACAGUUGAUUAGAUAUUGAUUUGGGGCUCGUUCAUGCACACUUUAAUUGCACAGGAUAAAGAAAAGAGGACUUUACACAAGUAACAACCACAGGUCAGGACCGUGACCCUUGGGCCUGGCGAACCCUCUAACGUAAAAUCGAGCAGAAAGUUUAACGGCCCAACCAGCAUCCGAAAUGAUUCCAUCUAAGAGAAAGAUUAUGAUCAUUAAUCAGAUAUCGAGAGCAAGAUCUCAACACUUCAAAUGGAGUCAAGACGCAGAGGAAAAGGAUGAUUUUUUGUCGUUUCGCUGGUUUUAAACAUGACAAUCGAGUCACCCCUUUUUGGUCGUGACCUGCCCCAUAUUUAACUGUAAUAUCCCCUUUGUGGGUUAAUGACAGAAAUAUUGUUUUUUUUAAUUUACCACGAAUAUGGCCAGUUAAAAACUAUUGACAAAGAUAUUGUGUUUUAGAGAUAAGAAUCGGCGGGGACACCUGAGACUCAGGCGCUGCCGCUUUAGCUUGGUUUUUGGACCGUUUUAUUUAGUUGGCAGCGGCGGCGCUCAAGACUCAGGCGGUGGCGCCCGAGACUCACAGGUUUCACUUACCGUCUUCCAGAAUGGCAGAAUGAUGUUUUAUUUCAUUAUGCGUUACCUAUUGUGGAUGAUGAUAGCUUGGAUGUGCUUUGGAAUUUUAUGGCACAAAAUCCUUAUUGUUUGGGUGCUGAGAUACAUGUUGAGCUCAGUGAGGAUCAGGGUGGAGAGGAAGAAGAUGAUACAUGGAGCGUGCCAUCCGAUCAUGACUAUGAUCACGGUGAUGACGGAGAGGAGGAAGAUGAGGAGGAGGAGGAAGGAGAGCAGCUUAAUUAUCCUCCAUAUUUUUACUUGCAGGGUAAUGAAGAGGACGAAGAAUUUGCACUUGCUGAUUCAUAUGGCGUAAUUCCAAUGCCUAUUUUGAUAGUUUUGAAGGAGAAUUCUACAAGGGGCAGAUAUUUCACUCGAAACAAGCUGCACAGAUGGUGAUUAAACACCACGCACUACAACGCAACUUUCAAUAUGGCGUGGUGGAGUCGUCACCUUCAAUAUGAAAGGUCAGAUGCUUGAGGCACAAGGAUGACAAUUGUCCUUGGAUGGUGCGGUUUGGAUGUCGAGAUGUUGGGGGCGAAUGGACUGUGAGAAAAGCUGAGUUGGUGCAUUCUUGUAGCAGUACGACUCAACCGACGGAUCAUCGCCAUCUUGAUGUCGACAUGAUAUCUGAGGCCGUCAAACAUUUGGUACGUGCCCAACCAAAUCUGAGUGUUCUAACUGUUCAAGCCGAGUUGAAAGAUAAGUUUAAUAUGCAAGUUACUUACAAGAAGGCUUGGUAUGGGAAACAAAGAGCAUUGGAGAAG